UCAGUCAAGGUAUUUAUUUAUCUGUGGUGGACUCUCAAGUGAUAUUGAAGGGAAGUUACUUUUAGAAAAAUAAAUUUGCCAAAAGGCUCUUGUGAAUAUUCGUAGAAAUAGUGGCGAAUUGGAUUGGAAUUCAAAUUUUUGAGCUGAAAAUAAAUGGUGGAUUGAUUGAUCAUUCAAUUGGUGAUAUUAACGCUUAGCACUAUGUCAGGGGGUCAUAAGCACCGUUACAAGAAUGUGGGUCUCAGCGCAGACGAACUGCGGCGACGGCGUGAGGAGGAGGGUGUACAACUGAGGAAACAGAAAAGGGAACAGCAACUGUUCAAGAGGAGAAACGUUAACUUGCCAGCCCCCGAUGCUCCUGAUAUAUCUGUUCCGGAAGACGCCACUGUUUCGUCAUCAGACGAUAUCACGUCGACAAUGAUUUCUGCGCUGUAUGGAGACAACCCACAGGAGCAAGUGUUAGCCACGCAGAAGUUCAGAAAGCUUCUCAGUCGAGAACCCAAUCCCCCUAUUGAUGAAGUGAUACGGACUGGAAUAGUUCCUAAAUUUGUCGAAUUUCUAACAAAUAGUUCUAAUCCUACUUUACAGUUCGAAGCGGCGUGGGCACUAACGAACAUAGCGUCGGGCUCGUCGGAGCAGACGCGCGUGGUGCUGGAGUGCGGCGCCGUGCCCGUGCUGGUGACGCUGGCGGGCGCGGGCGCGGGCGCGGGCGACGACGUGCGCGAGCAGGCCGUGUGGGCGCUCGGCAACGUGGCCGGCGACUCGCCGCGCUGCCGCGACGCAGUGCUGGCUGCCGGCUUGUUGCCGCCGCUGCUCGAUAUUUUAAAUAAGUAUUCAAGAUUAUCCAUGACGAAAAAUGCAGUAUGGACUCUCUCAAACCUCUGUAGAGGAAAAAAUCCUCCCACAAACUUUGAGGCUGUUGCACCUGGUAUUCCGGUUCUGGCGCGGCUGCUGCACCACAUGGACGCGGACGUGCUGAGCGACGCGUGCUGGGCGCUGUCCUACCUGUCGGACGGGCCAAACGAGAAGAUCCAGGCCGUCAUCGACGCCGGCGUGUGCAGGCGUCUAGUGGAGCUGCUUAUGCACAACAAGUAUACGGUGGUGUCGGCGGCGCUGCGCGCUGUGGGCAACAUCGUGACGGGCAACGACGAGCAGACGCAGGCGGUGCUCAACUGCAACCCGCUGCCCAGCCUGCACGCGCUGCUGCGCUCCACCACCGAGGCUCUGCGCAAGGAGGCCUGCUGGACGCUGUCCAACAUCACCGCGGGCAACGCCGUGCAGAUACAGGCAGUCAUAGACGCGAACAUAUUCCCAACGCUUAUAGACAUUUUAAGAAAUGCCGAAUUCAAAACUAGAAAAGAGGCCGCCUGGGCGCUCACCAAUGCGACGAGUGGAGGAACGCAUCAACAAAUUAAUUAUCUCGUCCAAGAAGGCUGUAUACCGCCGCUGUGCGACCUGCUCACUCUGACCGACACGAAGACAGUGCAAGUGGCACUCAACGGGCUCGACAACAUAUUGAAAGCUGGACAACAUGCGGACCAACGUGACAACCCAUAUGCCGUUGCACUUGAAGAGUGCUUUGGCGUAGACAAAAUAGAGUUCCUCCAGUCGCACGAGAAUCUCGACAUCUACCAGAAAUCGUUCGAGAUAAUAGAGAAUUACUUCGGCUCGGAGAGCGAGGACGGACGCGUACUACCGGAGAACUCGACCGCCACGGAGUUCAACUUCGGGCCCAGCUCCGAGGCAACCGGGUACAACUUCUGAGCGAGCUCUGUGCGAUUCUGGUCUUGACAGUAGCAGAGUUUUUCACAAGGUGAACUCCAAACUCCAAGAGUAAAUAUAUUUUGCACUUAUCACGCAGUAUGUAGUUUAGAUGAUUAUAUUUAUUUAUAUAUAUCGCAAAUUAUACAAAAAAAAAAAAAUAACAAUAACUACGCUCGCCUUAUUUCAUUCGCUCGCUAUUUUGUAGAUGAAGGCGUUAAGUAGACCAUUUUGGCUUGAUCGGUAUCUACGAACAACAAUUAAGUACGUACAUUUUAUGAAUUAAUUUCGUAAUGUCGGGUGAUAUCGGGUGUAAAAAUACAUAAUUUUAUGUAUGUUAUAUUAUAAUAAAUGAUUUUUUAACUUCCUCACUAUUGGAAGUUAAAAAGGGGAGCAAAAUUGCAUUGUUCAGUAGGCAAUCGGACUAUUAAAAAUAUAAUAAUUAAAAAAAAAUUUAAAGUGUAUAAAUUCAGUAACUUCUGCAUAAAAUUAUUGAAUAAUCAUGUAUACUCAGAGGCAGAUUUAUCCGUCCACCUUAAAACAUUCGCUGCGGUACGAGGUCAAUCGACCUCGUACACCUAGCUUUUUAAAGAGUUACGAGGUCGAUGGACCUCGUACCACAUUACAAAGUUUUAGUAAAACCUCGUACCGCACCAGAGGAAAGUACAGAAAAAUCAGUGCCGCAGCGAACGUGUUAAUAUGCGAAUAUAUUAAAGUGGGCGGAUAAUUGCCUCUGAGUAUAUAUUAUUAUUUAUUAUACGCUAAUUACGUGUGACGUCUGUUGUACUAUGAAGUACAUAGUACAUAACGUGCUCCAUAAAAGAAAGUGGUAUACACUGAGCCUUAUAUCGAUUAUACACGUUAGUAUAAGUGACGUCAUUUAACUAUUCAGAUGACGUCAUGCGAUUGCAUGUGACAUUUUCAUCGUCAUCCAAUAACAACCCAUACUCGACUCACUGUUGAGCACGAAUCUCCUCUCAGAAUGAGACGGGUUAGGGUGAUAGUCCACCGCCGGCCCAAUGCGGAUUGGAUGUGGAUUUAGAAACAAUAUUUUAAGAGACAGUUUUUAAUUAAGUAAAAA